GGGGAAACCACGAAAGAUAGGCCGUAGGUCACGGGCACGGUCCCGUAGAGAGCGCACGGGCUCGACCAGAUCCGCCGCCACCCCUUCUGCGUGUGGCCAGGCCGUCCGCCGCCGCCGCCCCUUCCGGCCGACACCGCCUCUAGGAGAGGCGCCCGUGGCUUCCAGUGCUCGUCCGACCGUGCUCCUCCAGAUGGAGAAGAGGAGGCCGCCGCGGCCCCUGCGCUCGUUUGGCCUCCGCCUGUCUGCCGCUGCAAGGAAGAGAUAAGGCCACAGGCUGCGACCCUUGCGCUCGUCUGGCGCCUGCCCUCCGCCCGUCCGCCGCCACAAGGAGAGGCGGCUGCUGCCCCCCUGCGCUCGUCCGCCAGCCGCCACACCUCAAGUCCUCAAGCCGAAGCUCUCUUGCCGCUGCGCGUCCACCCUCCGCCUGGAGCUUCAAGUCACUGCGCCACUGGAGAUGGGUGUGUUAAACAUCAGGAUCAACCAGAGGCUACUGCACUGCAGACAUUGCCACCGACGCCGACAGCCACCCCUCCCGCCCGCCGACACUCCCCUACCGCCCGCCGACACUCACUGCUUUUUAUUGGACAGAAUCAUCCAUCAGAUGAGAUUCAAAUGCAACUUCUGCGACUCUGGAUACAUCCCCUACAGCAAGUUUCUGGUACACCUGUGCGGCACUACUCCCGCCCAUCUCAAGUCCGUCUUUGCCAGGGGAGAGUGCAUUCUCGCCACAAGUGCCCUUGUGUGUUGUGAAUGCAGCCUUCCUCUCCGACCUCCCAUUUUCAGGCGUCUCCCUCGGAAAAUUCCUAUUUGUAGUGCCUGCUGCCAUAAUGGUGAUGUCACCAGCUACCGUCACAGCCGUGAGCUCGAACACCUCAUCCAAGGCAUCACGGUGAAAUGCAAGGCUUGCAAACAAUACCUUCCAUUCUCCACCUUUGCUUCGCACAAGCUGGUCAACUUGUGUGGGGAAGACAAGCAAAAGGCUCCUUAUGAGGUUGGUAAAAUGGAUAAGAGCAUUGUUCACGGUGAUGAGGUUGGGAAUGAUGAUGACUCAUCUGGUGACAACCAUGGCACGAGUGAGGAUGUGUUCAGUUUUGAAGAUGAUUCAGUGGAGGAAGGGGAGGAACUUGAAAAGCCUAAGGCUGUGAAAAGGGUGGCUGUGAACGCCUUUAAGACACUACCCUGUGAUAGGGAAGCAAAGAUCACAAUGCCAUAUGGGCAGAAACCAGCAGCUCCUACUGCAGCCCAGGCCAGUGCGUCGCCGUUUCGUCGCCUACCCAUCAUGGCGCCCUCAAAGCCACCUCUACCACCGUUCAUACCUCAUCGCCCAGGCACCCGUCUCUUCCAAGCAGUUGGCAACAAGAAUAAGGCCCAGGCUCCCUCGAAGCCACCUCUACAACUGUUACCUCGUCACCCAGUCACCCGUAGCAGGAAGAGGGCGCUCUUAACUGAUGGCUCAACCAGCGACAAAUGAUGGGAGAUACCAAUAUCCAGCGGAGGUUGUGCGGCAAGCAGCACGACGCCUACAAAGAUUUAGCCAUGUAGGUCCCAAAUCCCGCGGUGCUCCUGCGGGAGUCUGGGCCAACAAAAGCAAACCACAAUCUCGUCUCUGGUCGCUUCUUUCGUUCAUAGAUAUUAACUAGAUUACUACACAAUGUUUUACAUAAUCCAAUAACUUAUAUUGUUAUUAGAUAUUUAGUCAAGUGAACAGUUGUCUACCUGGUGUUAGUAUGGCUCCACUUAUUUACAUGUUGUCUCAAUGGUAUGUCUCAUUCCUAUGUAGCCAAUCAUUGUGUUCAUCUGGAUCCAUGUUUUCUUCUA